AUGCUGGCGGUGGGUUUCAGCCCCAGGGAGCUGGAAGAGCUGAGGGCGCUGUUGGUAGAACUGGAUGCCCACAUGGUUGAGCUCAUCGUGGCCACCGACCGAAUGCUGGACAUGCCCCUGUCCCAAGCGCUCAAGACAAGGGAGGGCCCUUCAGAGAGGAAAAGACCGGGGCGCCCCAUCGUCUACGAGGACGGAUCCGGCAGCCCACGCACUUUGGUCCUGCUCGGCAUGCACGCCAGCGAGGUCAUGGAGAUCACCGGCGCGUACAGCGCCGCCCAGCCGGCGCUGCCCCCCGCGGUGUUUGCCGCCGCGGUGCCGCGGAACGCGCACCGAAAGCUCAGGUCUCUGCUGACGGAGUGGGCGCGGGACUACGUGGGCGCGCUGGAGAGGCGGCAGCGCCCCUGA